CGAGUUUUGUUAGACUAACGAGGAAAAGACGUCAGACAAGAGAGUACCUCAAAAAGCGGGUCAUUGGCUUCGUGGGCUAUGCAGACAGCAGAGAUACGACACUAGGCGGCCAUUUGUGAUGGGCUAUGGAAGCUCUAAGCGUUCCAUUGAUUUCUCUCCAGAAUUUCCCAACCCCGAACGACAAUCUUCCUUUCAGAAACCAUCAGAUUCUCUCUACAAUCGAUCAAUGUUCAAGUCCAAAGCAAUUGAAACAAGUUCACGCUCACAUGCUCCGCACCGGCCUCUUCUUCGACCCCUUCUCCGCCAGCAAGCUCUUCACAGCCUCCGCUCUUUCGUCCUUCUCCACUCUCGACUAUGCCCUCAACGUGUUCGACCAAAUUUCCCAUCCAAAUCUCUACACUUGGAACACCCUCAUUCGAGCUUACGCUUCCAGCUCCGACCCUUUUCAGAGUUUCGUAAUAUUUCUGGAUUUGCUUGAUAAAUGUGACGAUUUACCCAAUAAUUUCACUUUCCCAUUUGUCAUUAAGGCCGCUUCGGAGCUAAAAGCUUCACGGGUCGGCAGAGCUGUUCAUGGAAUGGCGAUUAAGUUGUCGUUUGGUAUGGAUCUUUAUAUUCUUAAUUCGCUCGUGCGAUUCUAUGGGACAUGUGGGGAUUUAAAUAUGGCUGAGCGAUUGUUUGAAGGUAUUUCUUGCAAAGAUGUAGUGUCUUGGAACUCCAUGAUUUCGGCUUUUGCUCAGGGGAACUGUCCAGAAGAUGCAUUGGACUUGUUUUUGAAAAUGGAAAGGGAAAAUGUGAUGCCCAACUCUGUAACAAUGGUGGGUGUUUUAUCUGCUUGUGCGAAGAAGUUGGAUUUGGAGUUUGGGAGGUGGGUUUGUUCGUACAUUGAAAGGAAAGAAAUCAAAGUGGAUUUGACUCUGUGUAAUGCCAUGCUUGACAUGUAUACGAAGUGUGGAAGCAUUGAUGAUGCACAGAAACUGUUUGAUGAAAUGCCUGAAAGAGACGUCUUCUCUUGGACCACCAUGCUUGAUGGGUAUGCGAAAAUGGGCGACUUCGAUGCUGCUCGGCGAGUGUUCGAUGCAAUGCCUGUGAAAGAAAUUGCUGCUUGGAAUGUUCUCAUAUCUGCUUAUGAACAAAAUGGGAACCCUAAGGAGGCUCUGGCCACUUUUAAUGAGUUGCAGCUCAGUAAGAUUGCAAAGCCUGAUGAAGUCACUUUAGUUAGUACUCUAUCAGCAUGUUCUCAAUUGGGGGCAAUUGAUUUGGGUGGCUGGAUUCAUGUGUACAUAAAAAGGGAGGGGAUAGAUCUAAAUUGCCAUUUAAUUUCUUCUCUUGUGGAUAUGUAUGCUAAAUGUGGUGCUUUGGAGAAAGCUCUUGAGGUGUUCUAUUCAGUGGAGGUGAGAGACGUGUAUGUUUGGAGUGCCAUGAUUGCUGGCUUGGGAAUGCACGGCCGUGGGAAGGCGGCAAUCAAUCUAUUCUUCGAAAUGCAGGAAGCUAAGGUGAAGCCAAAUAGUGUAACGUUUAUGAAUGUAUUAUGUGCCUGCAGCCAUGCCGGACUAGUUGAUGAGGGACGGGCGUUUUUGCAUGAAAUGGAGCCAAUUUAUGGGGUUGUUCCUGGGACAAAGCACUACGCAUGUAUGGUCGAUAUUCUCGGUCGUGCAGGGUUUCUUGAAGAAGCUAUGGAGUUGAUCAAUGAAAUGCCUAUAACUCCGAGCGCUUCCAUUUGGGGUGCUUUGCUUGGUGCCUGCAGCCUUCAUAUGAAUGUUGAGCUUGCAGAACUGGCUAGUGACCAAUUGCUGAAGUUGGAGCCUAGAAAUCAUGGUGCUAUUGUACUUUUAUCAAACAUAUAUGCCAAAACAGGAAGAUGGGAAAAGGUUUCUGAGUUGAGGAAACUAAUGAGAGACUCUAAACUGAAAAAGGAACCAGGUUGUAGUUCCAUUGAAGUCGAUGGCAACGUCCACGAGUUUCUAGUAGGCGAUAAUUCCCACCCGUUAUCCAGCAAAAUCUAUUUGAAGUUGGACGAGAUUGCAACGAAACUAAAAUCAGUUGGAUAUGAACCAAACAAAUCUCAUCUUCUCCAGUUCAUCGAAGAAGACGACCUCAAGGAACAGGCCUUAAGCCUUCACAGCGAGAAGUUAGCCAUCGCAUUCGGGCUUAUUAGUUUGGCUCCAUCUCAACCAAUUCGAGUUGUGAAGAAUCUUCGGAUUUGUGGAGACUGCCAUGAGGUUGCCAAGCUUGUAUCUAGAGUUUAUGACAGAGAUAUAUUACUUCGAGAUCGAUAUCGAUUCCAUCAUUUUCGAGACGGGCACUGCUCAUGUAGGGAUUACUGGUAAAAGCAGCAAAAGGAUGGAUUGUAUAUUCACUUGCUCUGUUUGGUACAUGAGUUGAACUUCAAUGAAUGACAAUCUUUACCAUAUUUCUCAUUGAUAUUGUUGUAAACUGAGUAUUUAACUAACUAGGAAGGAUCUCUAGUAAUUUGGAAACCUUUUUACUA